AUGGGUCGGACCCAUGACAUUCUAUCUGGUCACAGCAACCAAACACACCCCAAGUCGCCCAACACGGACGGCCUCAACCCAGACUCGUGCUCCCAAGUGCGCAUCGAGGACUGCUACGUCGUAACCGGCGACGACUGCAUGGCCAUCAAGAGCGGCUGGGACGAGUACGGCAUAGUGGUCGACAUGCCCAGCGAGCACAUCGUGAUGCGCCGCCUCACCCGUGUCUCCCCCACCAAUGCGGCGAUCGCGCUCGGCAGCGAGAUGUCGGGGAGCAUCCGGGACGUGCGCGCCGAGGACAUCACCGCCAUCGGGACUGAGUCAGCGGUGCAGAUCAAGACGGCGGUCGGGCGCGGCGCGUACGUGCGCGACGUGUACGCGCGGAGGAUGAGGCUCGACGGCAUGAAGCGCGUCUUCUGGAUGACCGGCGACUACAAGUCCCACCCCGACGAUGACUAUGACAAGACCGAUGUGCCCGUCGUGGAGAACAUCAGCUACCAGGACGUGGUGGCCACUGGUGUCUGGAAGGAGGCCGCCAGGAUGCAGGGCAUCCAGAGCGCGCCCUUCAAGGGCAUCUGCAUGGCCAAUGUCACCGCCGAGAUGAUCAAGGAGAGGAAGGUGUCGUGGAACUGCGCCAACGUCGAGGGUGUCUUGGCCGGCGUCACCCCGGUGCCAUGCACGCCGCUUCAAGGCACCCACGCCGGCUCCUGCCCGUUCCCCACUGACACGCUCACCGUCGACCAGAUCACCGUGCAACAGUGCUCAUACUCAGUCGCAUCUGCUACCACUUCAAUGGCUGGGACAGAGUAG